CAGAGACAGAGAGAAAGCAGCCGGCAGGCAUCAGCAUCACUUUUGGUUCUGCCUCAGUUUUCUUCCAUCUGAGACCUCGAGUAUAACUGCAACCCAGGGAGGGCUCCUGAACCUGAACAAGAUGGUCAGCCACAUGACGGGGAAAAAAGCCUUCUUCAACUACUGGCCCUACGGCUGUCACUGUGGACUUGGUGGCAAAGGGCAACCCAAAGAUGCCACAGACUGGUGCUGUCGGAAGCAUGAUUGUUGCUAUGCCCACCUGAAGAUCGAUGGAUGCAAGAGCCUGACAGACAAUUACAAAUACAGCAUCUCCCAGGGCAUUAUCCAGUGCUAUGACAAUGGGAGCUGGUGCGAAAGGCAACUGUGUGCUUGCGACAAGGAGGUGGCCUUGUGCUUGAAGCAAAACCUGGACAGCUACAACAAGCGCCUGCGUUACUACUGGCGGCCCCGUUGCAAAGGCAAGACUCCCACAUGCUAGGGGAGUCCACUCUGUCUGUCCCCUGGAUUCUACCCUGUUCUGGGACAUCUCAAGCAUUGAAGUCCUACAGCUUGCUGCCUCCCGCUCUGGUGUCUAGUCUCCUGGUCCAGCUGGCUUUUGAAGGUCUCCUUGAGGACCUCCUCUUGGUGCCUCUCUGCUGUAAAGGACCUUUUUGAUCUUUCUGUGACACUCCUCUCCCUUCAAACUCUGGUCUUUCUGGACCAAGGUCAGAACUCAGCCCUCUGACGCUGUGUUCUCCCCAACUAAGCUAGGAGGCCUCUGGGUUGAGCCCUGACCCAUCUCAGGUUCAGUGGUACCUUGGUGGUACCUUGGUUCAGGUGUCUCCUAGAACCAAGCCCAUUAUGGGCUCCAACAACCACAGGAUUUAAGGGUGGGGGAAGUUGCUCUGGGUGGGUGCUGGAACUUGGCCUGCUGUCUCUUGUCCAUUGUGCUUCCUCUGGGAUCUCUUGCUGCAUACAGUUCAGGCUCGGGGGCUGUCCUUUGGAAACCUCUCUUGGCUAGCCCUUCUCCCCAGCGCUAAGGACAUCAUUGGGCUGGACUCUCUGGGUGGCAUCACACCCCACAUUUCUCCUGAGACCAGGGUGAUGAGGUAUUCCAGUACUUUCAUCUCAGGCCUGGUUUCUUUCUCUGGAAACUUCUCCAAAGAGCCCUCUCAAUAAACAACUUUCACAAGAGCCCCUGACUGGGGCUCCACCUCUGGGGAAACACAUUGUAGCAACAUUUAUAAAUCCCAUGACCUCUCUCCCUCCCAGAACCACCCGCCUAAUUACAAACCUCAGCUCUUAAAGCUAAGGAAAGUGUGUUCAUUAGUGGCAGAUUCAGGAGCC